AUGGAGUCUGAUGCCUUACAGGUGACAUUAAUGGAAAUUUUUCUCAAAAACUCGCACCAAAUUCAAUCAACGGUGUCAAAAAUCGUUCAAAUGUGUCUAUUUUUAAUUGGCUGCUUACUGACCGCCUUAUGCGUAUUUAUUGCAAUCAAAUGCUCAACAUUUCACAAAAACCUCAGAAAUAUCUUCAUUGCGCUCAUUUUCGUUUGGUUCGAAUUAUUCAUUUGCCGCUUGCUCGUUUUUCGAUUUCAGCACAUUCUCGCCAACUUUGAUGGAGACAUCGAUGAGCUCGACGAGUGCGGCCGAAUCGGCAACUGCAGUUUGUCGGCGAACUGGGCCGACAGCAUUUUCAUCGCUGCCAAUCUCCGCUACCAUUACAUGUAUUUUGUGAUGUUCACACCAAUUGCGAUUUUAAGCGAACGAAUUUCGGCGACAAUUCUAAUACACGACUACGAAAAAAAGAGGAGAAGCUGGAUUUAUGUGAUAAUUCUGAUAGCUCAAACAAUUUUUUCCGUCAGUUUCGCCCUCAUCACGACCUCAUUUCGCCUAACAUUUGUCGCUUUAAUUGUUUGCACCGGCACAAUUAUGAUAGCCGCAAUUUUGAUUUACAUUCUUGUCGAAUAUAUCAAUAAGAAAAGACUGCUGAAACUUGAGCAAGACCAUCGAAACACGAAUUAUUCGCUAAGUAUUCGAUAUCAGCUGAAGGAGAACUUGAAGACUUUAAAGCUUAUGCGCCGAUUUUUCCUGUCGAUCAUUGGAUUCAUUGUGGUGAUGGCGCUCACAAAUUCGAUUCCGGUUCUUCUCAAAUUCCCCGAAUCCGCAAUUUUAUCGAUUCGCGAAUAUUUGGAUUACCUUUUCCACGCAAACCCGAUUAUUCUCGUUCCAACGGCAAUUCUCACAAUCGAAAGUUAUCGGAGAUUCUUUUUGAGUCGAACUCGCCAAUUAUUCGGUAUUCGCUAUGAGAGCCAACGGAACAAUUUGAACAAGUUGAAGCUGCCGGCGAAUGUGAACGAAUCCGACGUCUACUUUGAGAUCUUCGAACGUCAAUUAUAUUCGAAACCGUCGUUUCGGCAAAUCAAAAGCAAUAGCACUUCUAAAUUGGCUUCGAUUUCAUAA